GGGAAAGGCUAAGAAAGACAAAAGACUUCAAUUUCGCGCGCUUUGAAAUGCGCAAGGCUGAUUAAAUCAAUUCGGUUAUUGCAGAAGCUGUACCUCAAUUCAACUUAACAUUGAAGAAGAUCAUAUUGCUGAUCAUCUCGAUCUCUUUACAAAUAAUCAGCUUCUAAUUUGGCAUAAACAAUCAACUGCAUCGGAAAAUCUUCCUUCCUCGGUCUCGAUUCGCAUUCCUAACUCAAAAGCUCAACAACAAUAUUUACAAGAUGUCUGGAUUUACAUUCGGCAACACUGGGAGUACCGGCGGAGGAUUGUUCGGUGGGGGAAGUUCUAGUAACCCUCCUAAUAGCUCUGGUGCUGGACUAUUUGGAGGUGCGCCAGCUACAUCUGGGGCCGCUCCAUCAUCUCUAUUCGGCGCACCAAAACCAGCUGGAGCACAAGCACCGGCCUUUGGAGGAGCAGGAGCUGCAAACACAGGAGCUGCAAAGCCAGCCGCUGGAGGUAUCUUUGGCCAAAGCACAGGAAAUGCCCCCAAUGCCACGUCCUCUUUCAGUUUUGGAAAGCCUACUGCUAGCACCACACCUACAACUUCAGCAGGUGGUGGACUGUUCGGUGGAGGAGGAGCAUCUACAGGUGGAAGUGGAGGUUUCAGUUUUGGGGGGCCCAAGCCAGAUGGUGCUUCAACGCCAACAACGGAGAAUAAACCCGCAACUCCUACGGGGGGCAUGUUCUCAGGAAUGAACAAGCCAGCAUCAGGUGGUAUGUUUGGAGGAGCAGCUUCGAGUACCCCAAGUUUAGGAUCAACAACACCAGCACCAAGCAAGCCUUUCAGUUUUGCAUCCACAACCCCAGCAGGACCACCACCUACGAAUAAUGCGCCAGCUGCGAGUACAGGAAACUUGUUUGGUGGCGGUGCUCCAUCGCAAUCAACUGGAGGUCUGUUCGGAACACCAAAAACAACAGCCGCAUCACAACCUACACAGACACCAGCUGCAUCAGCCCCUACUGGUGGUCUUUUUUCCAGCGGCACUCCUGCAGCUGCAGCUCCUAGCAACUUGUUCGGUGGUGCUGGUGCUACAAAACCUUCUGCUCCUAGCGGCAACAUGUUUGGUGGAAACAAGCCUGCUGCUUCGGCAGCUCCCCCUGCCAGCUCAACACCUGCGGCGACUACAGAAGCUGCCAAGCCGGCCCCAUCUUUCAGCUUCCCUUCUGCUACUCCAGCAGCUAGCACCCCUGGAACACAGGCUUCUACUACUCCCGCACCCGCAGCUCCUGCUACCAGCAGUCUAUUUGGAAAACCCAAUCCAGCCACAUCUACUCCCGCGCCAGCUGCACCUGCCCCAGCGCAAACACCAUCGCUUUUUGGAAACGCUACUUCGACUAGUGCUGCAACCACUUCUACUCCUGCACCAGCUGCUACAACAUCAAGUUUGUUUGGCGCAGCUAAAUCAUCAACUCCCGGUACUUCUGGCCCAACUAACACCAGCACACCUGCCCCUGCUUCAUCGGCUGCGAAUGGGGGCUCCGCAAAUCUAGAUCAACGAGCUGGCGCAACUGCUGGCUCUGGCGCGGCAGGAAGCGCCGCAACUCUAGGAGCCUCUACGGCUGGCCCAAGACCGGAAUUAUCUCGUCUUAAGAACAAAACUAUGGAUGAAAUUAUCACCCGAUGGGCAUCUGAUUUGGCCAAGUACCAGAAGGAUUUCCAAGAACAAGCAACCAAGGUAGCUCAGUGGGAUCGCCUUUUGGUUGAGAAUGGAGAUAAAAUUCAGAAAUUGUACAAUACCACAUUCGAGGCUGAACGAUCAAGCGCAGAAGUCGAACGACAACUAGCAACAGUGGAAGGCCAGCAAGCCGAACUCGAACAGUGGCUCGAUCGUUACGAACAGGAGGUCGAUGACAUGUUCAAAAGUACAGCUGUCGAAACACUACAAGGACCAGAUCAAGAGCGUGAGAGAACCUACAAGAUGGCGGAGAAAUUGGCAGAUAAGCUUGAUGAAAUGGGCAAAGACCUUUCUACUAUGAUUGAAGCUAUGAAUGAGGCCUCUGCUACUUUGAACAAGAGCACCAAGUCUGAUGAUCCACUUUCUCAUAUCGUCCGAGUCCUUAAUUCACAUCUUAUGCAAUUGCAAUGGAUUGAUCAGAAUGCUAAAACAUUACAAGAGAAAGUGGAGGCGGCGCACAAAUUGGGACAAAGUAUGAGUGCAAAUGGUCUUGGUGGAGCGGAAGGUGAUGCCGCAGAUCAGUUCUACAGAUCUUUUAUGGGCAGAAGAUGAAGGGCUGAGGACGAAAGAUAGAGCUUGAUAAAGCAGGUAAAAUGGAGACCGACAAGUUUGUACUGGCGUGCUGAAUGGAUGUUUGGGCGUUUUGAUUUGGCAGGAAAUACAUUUGCAAAUUCAUGCACGGAUGGUCUAUUUUGAGGGGAGCAUAUGUGGAUAAUGAACAUGGAAGACUGAAUGCUGCAAGCCUCCAGUAAAUGAUUGAAGAGAGAAGAGAGAUACAAAAGGAUUCAUAAAUCCAAAGUAGGCGAAUACGUGGAUGUAAGGACUGGGGCAGAAGUGUUCUUGCGAGCAUUUUUGUGUAUAAUAGAUAGCAUGAAGCAAGAAAGAAUAGAGACUGAUCA